AUGAAGGCACAGCGUGUUUCCCUCUUGCUCGUGGCUGCUGUGCUCUUCCUGUGCUCAGUGCAUGCCCGAGGUCUGAGAAGAUGUCUGGUUUCCAUGGACAUGCGCCAUGUAGUAGAGAGUUUCCAAGAAAUCAAAAAAGCCAUCCAAGCUAAGGACACCUUCCAAAAUGUCACCAUCCUGUCCACAUCGGAGACCCUGCACAGAAUUAAGCCCUUAGAUGUAUGCUGUGUGACCAAGAACCUCCUGGCAUUUUACGUGGACAAGGUAUUCAAGGACCAUCAGGAGCUGAACCCCCAAAUCUUGAGAAAACUCAGCAGCAUUGCCAACUUUUUCCUCUACAUGCAGAAGGCUUUGCAGCCAUGUCAGGAGCAGAGGCAGUGUCACUGCAGGGAGGAAGCCACCAACGCCACCAGAAUCAUCCACGACAACUACGAUCAGCUGGAGGUCCGAUCAGCGGCCAUUAAGUCUCUGGGAGAACUGGACGUCUUUCUGGCCUGGCUUGACAAGAAUCAUCAAGAAAAUUCUGCUGCCUGAGGACCCACCUGGGAACCUGAAGGCCCAGGGAGGAGCGCGCCCCCCCCCCCCCCCACUGCCAGGCUUUCUGAGGGGAGGGA